CUUCAUAGAUCACAUUCAAUACUGUCAAGCUUGAUUCAUCACCUUCAACACUCAAACUAAGCAGCAAGAAAGGGAAAAUGAAGAGGCUCUUUGUGGCAUUCCUGCUAAUCUUUGCCCUUCUCCUUAGCAAUUCCUUCAUUGAACCAACAAUGGGGGUCUCAGUGUAUUGCGCCCGCGAAUGCAAGGCUCGGUGCGCUAAGGCUGGUGUGCGGGACCGAUGCUUGAGGUACUGCAAAAUAUGCUGUGGAAAAUGCAAGUGUGUUCCUUCAGGAACACAUGGAAACAAGCACCAGUGCCCUUGCUACAGGGACAUGAAGAACUCCAAGGGGAAGGCCAAGUGUCCUUGACCUAUAGAUUCAGAACAAAUUAAAGGUGCAUGGUUCAGGUUCAAGGUGUA